CCCCAUGAAUAUAGGAGACAGCAUUUGGCAUCCAGAUUCCUGACAACCCUGCUUCUCUCCGUCGUCCCGUCGCAAUCGUUUAGUCCUCUUUGAGUUGUUCUGCUGAGAAGUGAGAAACGAAUCAUGGGUUUUCUGCACAAGCUCUGGGACGAAACUCUUGCCGGCCCCACACCCGACACCGGCCUUAGCAAACUCCGCAAGUUCGAUUCUUCUUACCCACCCGUCACUCCGAUCGUCACCAUUACACGACCCAGCUCCGAUCCUCGACGCUUCUCCUCCGAUUCGGCUCUUUUGACCUCGAGAUCGCUGACCGGCGGAGAUCUCGAGAUAUUCACGAGGGGAAAAUCUUCAGUUCAGUCACCGGUGCGCGCGGGGACUACGACUCCGACUGAGUUUUAUUGGGUAAUGAUAAGGGCUUUGGAUCGUUGAGAGACAGAGAGAAAGAUGGAGUAUGUGAAAUAUAUUGGUCUGAUGGAUAUUAUUCGGCAGAGGGAUACUUCUUUGAACGCGCGUGUGUGUGUAUAUAGAGAGAAAGGGAGACAAACACAAAUAAAACAUUCAGUUGUCAAUUAGAUGGGUCAGAUGCAGAUCAGUAAUUGCAGGAAAAGUCAGAGCUUCAUGAGAUUCUUAGAAUGGAGGAAGAAGAAGGCAGGAUUUGCUGGGUUCGACUACUUUUUUUCUUUCAUUUCUCUGGUACUGGUGGCACAU